AUGAUGUCGUUAGAGCUGACCAAAGAGAAUAUCAAUGCAGUUUCUCUUGAGCUUGUGAAGAACAAAAAGAUGUUUGACAAGAACGUGAAUUAUGUAAUGGGUUUCAUGCUUAAAUCUUUUCCCGAGAAAAACGAGCUUCUUAGUAGAAUCAAAGUCCUCAAUAUUAAAUCAAGAUCAGCAAAGAAGAUAGACCCCGAGUCCGAUGUUAUGGAACAGAUAGCUAUGAAUGUCUUUGCCAUAAAGAAUCUUGACGAAGGAAGUUUCACCAAGAACAUGCUAGCCCUCUUCAGGGACCCAAGUUCCUUUUCUCAAGCAUUCCUUACCUACUUCUAUUCUAACUUAAAUCUUAGCACUACGAAGACAGAUGAGAUCUUGAACGGGCUCGUAGAAUUACUCUUAUCUGAGUCCAAACUCAAAAAAAGCUUCAUGAAUUUUAUGAAUUCGAUUGAACUCUCGGAGGAUUCUGAAUCUAUUUCCCUGGAGGAGGCCAAAAGUCUACACAAAGCCUCAGAUGAUCACACCUUUGAAAAGAUAAUAAAUAAGGAAAGUUAUGAUGAGUCAUCAAGCACAGUGAUGUCUCUAGUCUCCCUGGACGACUCUGAAGAAAUCAAAAGAAUCGAUACAUCUAUUUCCCUGCUGUUUGAAGGAAAGAGAGAAAAGAUGUCUAUGCUGUCGAUACUAGUGUGCACUAGAGUAUUGAACAUUAUAAGGAUCAUACUGGAAAACAACUACCCAAGAGAUGUAGAUGUUAUUCCUGUUCUUAUGUACAUCGCAGAGAUAGACCAGACAAUUUUCAAGAAAUCAAUGUCUGCUAUCAAGAUAAUAUUAAGGAAAACAGAUUAUAGAGACAAAGAAAAGCUGUUUGAAAUGUUCUGUGCUCUACUCGAACGAAACCCAGGCAUUAUAAGAAUGGCAAUGCUUUUUGUGGAUACUUGUGGAAAACACUUCAACUGGCCGAGAUUCCUUGAAAUUAUAGAUGGGAACGAAGAGAUUGAUCUGGAUGUCGUGGAUAGGUCUUACAUUCCAAAUUCUUCCUUCUAUGAAUUUAUAUUGUUUGCCGAGGAUCCAAGGAGAUACAUGAAGACAAUCAAAAGCAUGAUUAGAAACGAGUUAGACUCUUCUCUUCUUAGAGAUUUAAAAGAAAAGAUUAAUGGAAGACCUGAUCUAAAAGAUAUAAAGCCGAUCAAAGAUGCUAUAAGCUCCCGUCUUAAGCUAUUAAGCCAAAAAAAGUGUUCUAAAAAGGAAAGGAAAGAUAACAGUAACUAA